AUGAGGAAAAAGGCAGCUCGUCCUCCUCCUCUUCCUCCUCCUCCUCUUCCUCCUCCUCCUACUCUUCCUCCUCCUCCUCUUCCUCGUCCUCCUCUUCCUCGUCCUCCUCUUCCUUCUCCUUCUUGUCCUCCUCCUCCUUGUCCUCCUCCUCUUCCUCCUCCUCCUUGUCCUCCUCCUCGUCCUCCUCUUCCUCCUCCUCCUCUUCCUUCUCCUCCUUGUCCUCGUCCUCCUCCUCUUUCUCCUCCUCCUCUUCCUCCUCCUACUCUUCCUCCUCCUCCUUGUCCUCCUCCUCCUCUUCCUCGUCCUCCUCUUCCUCGUCCUCCUCUUCCUCCUCCUCCUCUUCCUUCUCCUUCUUGUCCUCCUCCUCCUUGUCCUCCUCCUCCUUGUCCUCCUCCUCUUCCUCCUCCUCCUCUUCCUUCUCCUCCUUGUCCUCGUCCUCCUCCUCGUCAACCUCGUCCUCCUCCUCUUCCUCGUUCUCGUCCUCCUCUUCCUCCUCCUCCUUGUCCUCCUCCUCCUCCUUGUCCUCCUCCUCUUCCUCGUUCUCGUCCUCCUCCUCCUCGUUCUCGUCCUCUUCUUCCUCUUCCUCUUCCUCCUCCUCCUCUUCCUUCUCCUUCUUGUCCUCCUCCUCUUCCUCGUCCUCCUCCUCUUCCUCCUCCUCCUUGUCCUCCUCCUCUUCCUCGUCCUCCUCCUCGUCCUCCUUGUCCUCUUCCUCCUCCUCCUCCUUGUCCUCCUCGUCCUCCUCUUCCUCCUCCUCCUCUUCCUUCUCCUCCUUGUCCUCCUCCUCCUCUUCCUCGUCCUCCUCUUCCUCGUCCUCCUCUUCCUUCUCCUUCUUGUCCUCCUCCUCCUUGUCCUCCUCCUCUUCCUCCUCCUCCUUGUCCUCCUCCUCGUCCUCCUCUUCCUCCUCCUCCUCUUCCUUCUCCUUGUCCUCGUCCUCCUCCUCUUUCUCCUCCUCCUCUUCCUCCUCCUACUCUUCCUCCUCCUCCUUGUCCUCCUCCUCCUCUUCCUCGUCCUCCUCUUCCUCGUCCUCCUCUUCCUCCUCCUCCUCUUCCUUCUCCUUCUUGUCCUCCUCCUCCUUGUCCUCCUCCUCCUUGUCCUCCUCCUCUUCCUCCUCCUCCUCUUCCUUCUCCUCCUUGUCCUCGUCCUCCUCCUCGUCAACCUCGUCCUCCUCCUCUUCCUCGUUCUCGUCCUCCUCUUCCUCCUCCUCCUUGUCCUCCUCCUCCUCCUUGUCCUCCUCCUCUUCCUCGUUCUCGUCCUCCUCCUCCUCGUUCUCGUCCUCUUCUUCCUCUUCCUCUUCCUCCUCCUCCUCUUCCUUCUCCUUCUUGUCCUCCUCCUCUUCCUCGUCCUCCUCCUCUUCCUCCUCCUCCUUGUCCUCCUCCUCUUCCUCGUCCUCCUCCUCGUCCUCCUUGUCCUCUUCCUCCUCCUCCUCCUUGUCCUCCUCGUCCUCCUCUUCCUCCUCCUCCUCUUCCUUCUCCUCCUUGUCCUCCUCCUCCUCUUCCUCCUCCUCCUCGUCAACCUCGUCCU